AUGUCUGUCCCCAAGCACUCUGCCUACUCCAGGAUCGGCUCCGGCCCCUCCCUCGAAGUCUACCUCGACCCCCUCUGCCCCUUCUCGGCAAAGAUCGCCAAGUCUCUUGACGAGAAUGUCGUGCCCCAGAUCACCAAGGGUGGAAAGUACGAGGGCAAACUAUCUGUGGUCAUCAGACUAUACCCGCAGCCAUUCCACUACUACUCUGCUCUGGUGAUUGAAGCCAUCACUGUGGUUGCCAACAAGUAUCCUCACCUGUUCUGGCCAUAUCUUCUCGCUGUCUUUGAUAAGCAAAAGGAAUUCUUCAAUCGUCCUGCCUCUGGCACCACUCCUGCUCAUGCACGAGACCAGCUCGUGGGAUUUGCAGUGGAGGAAGUCAUCCCUGCAAACGACCCCGAUGCUGCCAAGGGCCCCAAGUCUAAACUGUUUGGAGAGUUGAGGGAUGCGCUCGAGAUCAAGGAGAGUGAGAACGGGGGUACGGAGGGGACCGAGGGGUUGAAGUAUGUGAACAAGCUGGGCAGGCAGAACGGAAUCAACGUCACGCCCACCGUCCUGUGGGAUGGCCUCAUAGACAACAAUGUCAGCUCCUCGUGGGGCAAAGAAGACUGGAACAAGUUUAUCGAGUCAGUUUCGUAA